AGGCAGGCUGAGUUGUGGCAGAUGAAGUAGUUAUGGUUGUCUGCCCCACCCUUCUGUAGGAGGUUUCUUUCCCCGCUCUAAUACUGCAUAUAAUAUAAAAUCACAUAUGUUCAUAUGCUCCUCAGCUGCUGCAGCUUAUCCUCUGGUGCAUUAAUGUCAGCUGGCUGCUUUUGACUUUUAUCUCAGGGAUAUGAAUUUCUGUAGGCAACAAGCUCUCAAAUAGUUAAGCGCAGAUUGCUUAUGCUUUUCAGGAGCUUCUAACCUUAGGCUGUAUGAGUUCCAUCCCGCAGUCACACAGACAAUUCCAGGGAAAAAAUCUGUUCAAUAAUGGAAGGAGAAGAGGAGAGGAAGUCUCAGUUCUACAGGCACAGUUCUGUUACUUUCUGGUUCUGUUUCUUUCAAUAUACAGCUUAGACCAGCAGUUUCUGAGCCAGUCAUGAAGCGCAGUCCGGGACAAGAGAAUUCUCAUGAAAUCUUUCUGUACUGCUCCCCCCCCCCCCCUUGAUUAAUGCCCUCUUUUCUGCUCUGACUUCUGCUUCCUCCCUGGCAAUAAUGGGCAGGUGCCCACCUAGAUGGCUUUUUGCUCUUCCUGGCUCUCAAGCUCCUUGCAUCAAGCUGGCACAUCAGAAGACUCUCAGCUUACCACAAUAUUUGUUUGCUCUUUCUGCUGAAAAGCAUGGAAUUUGCCACUGGCAGGUGGAUGCAGCAAGCCUCUCCAUCCUGGCCAGAAGGAGAAGAUGUAAGAGUAAUCAGUUAGGAAGUUCAGAGUUGGGCUUGAAAGUGCCUUGGUUCAGUCUGGGAGAAUCAGUUAAAAUCAUGGCAAGUUGCCCAAAUGACUAUUUGAAAGAAAUGCCCAUUGUUGACAAAUGUUGGCACAUUUUUUUCUUUACUUGGCCUCUACUUUGGAGGAGAAAUUCAGAAUCAUCAAGCAGUCCUUCUCUGGGUAUCAGUGCAUGUGCUGGUUUGUAAUGGAUUAAUUGAACUGUGAGUCAUUUGAAGAUUAAUCUACUUCUCUUUCUUCUUCACUCUGUUCUUUGUCUUGGUCUUAUGUAUUAGUUUAGACUUAAUGCCCUUGAAACUGGAGGUGCUUUUGGGCGGUUCAUCACAAUAAUAACCCUUCCUAAUCUUAUUGAUGGAUGGCUGGAUAGACUUCUGAAAACUAUAAGCUAUUAUGCAGGAUAAAAUUCUAUUAAAAUGAGGAAAGGACCAGCCUGGGUAGGUUUGUAUGUGCAUCAGAGAUCAGUGCAUGAGAGAAUUUUGUUGUAUGCAGACCCUGUGUUUAAAAUGAGUCUUGGUCAGCCUUCAUCACUAACUUUUUGCUGGGAUAACCACAUAUGGGGGAAGAAAAGUGACUCUAGCAUGGGGUCUUGCAGGAAGGUAGGAAGGGUGUAUAAAAGAUUGCUGCUAGAGAACAUAGAGAGAAUGCUUUGCUUCCUGUGCUUCCUGUUCUGUUGUGUAGUGUUGCUACACGCUGAUAACAAUCUCCUGCUUGCUUUACACUGCUUGUUUGUACGUAGAAUGCUCCUGAAUGGAACACCACCACCAUCCUCAUGUUUAUUUCAGUGCAUGGAAAACUGCAGGAAGGCUUAUUAGCAAAAAUUUUGUUAAAAGGGACUCUAACCUGAGGGAAGGCUCGUUUUAUUACAGGUUACCUGCAUUCUUUAGAUAGGAACAUGAACCGUGAGCUCUAUGUUUUUUAGAGCAACACUGACAGGAAGGUGAGGGUGUGAGAGAAAGCUCUCCUGAUGUCAAGCUGAAAUUCAGAACAUAGAGUGACAUCAGAAGAUGCUAGAAGUGAUUUGCAGAAAUAAUAGCACGCCAUCUUUUUUCACUGUAUUUCUUGACAGGGAAGCCCUAAAUCAUGAACUUUCUACAAUUUUCAAUGAGAUGUGGGAUAUGGAUGUUAACCGCCUUAUGCCUGGGAAAGACUACACAAUUGAUUUGCAGGGAAAAGCAGGUGAUGCAGAGCAAGGUGACAGCGCAGCCAGACGUCUGUUUCACAAUGUAAAUGAAAAACGACUGAAGAGCAUAAAAACUUUUGCAACCUUUAUUUCCUUAUUGGACAACUAUGAGACAUCAACUGGUGUAGCAGAAGUAGUGACUCCAGAAGAAAUAGCUGAAAACAAUCGUUUUCUUGAUGCUAUCUUAGCGACAAAAGUAAUGAAACUAGCUCAUGAAUAUCUGCUUAAAAGAAACCUAGCAAAGCCAAACGUUGACGAUUUCAAACAUCAGCUCUAUGACAUCUGGUUCCAGCUCUAUCCCAGGAAAGGAGGAGACAGCCCUGAUUCUUGUGGUUUUGAACAUGUUUUUGUUGGAGAAACAAGGCGUGGUAAACAGAUACUAGGUCUGCACAACUGGGUUCAAUUUUACCUUCAGGAAAAGCGCAACCAAAUUGAUUACAAGGGAUAUGUCACUCAGAAGAACAAAACCAGGCCUGACAAAGAUGACCAAGUUUUGAACAUCCAGUUCAGCUGGAAGGGCUCAGUCAAGCCAAUUGGAAGCACCUUUAUUGGUGUCAGCCCGGAGUUUGAAUUUGCCCUUUACACCAUCAUUUUCCUGCUGUCUGAAGGAAAAGUCACACGUGAAACAGUGACGAUAGAGGAAUACAAGCUACAGAUAGUUGUUUGCCGCCAUGGUCACCACAUUGGAACAGCAUAUCCAGUACUCCUCAACACCGGUAGUGAAGACUAGUACCUAGAGUGAUCAGGCAACUUUUUUGGGGGGUGAGGGGAAGGGAAAGGAAUAGGGAACAAAUAGCAGAGUAAGCUGAGGUGUUGCUUUAUACAACUGAUUUUGAGUAAAAAUUGAUGACUCAUUUGCUUUUGGUCUGCAAUGGAGUGUUUAAUCAACAGUGUGCCAUGGCUCAGUGUCUGACAAGUCUUGAGACAUAUUUCUGCUCAUACUGUUGCAUCAAACUUAC